UCAACCCUACACCCUUACUACCUACGCUAUUCUGCUCUCUCCUCUUCGGAAGGGUCGAGUUUCUCAAGAAGGGUUCGAUUGGGUUCGCAAGAAGGGUUCGAUUGGGUCCGCAAGAAGGGUUCGAUUGGGUCCGCAAGCCGUUCCUCCUCUGUUUUUGCUUUGGAGCAUCUUGGAGCAAAUGAGCAAUGGAGCUUGUGGAGCACGGCUCACCUCAAGGAUUGCUCUCUUGAAAGACUGCAUAACUGUCAAACAUGAGUGGCCGGUUUUCUCGCACAAUUUACGUCGGCAACCUGCCUUCUGACAUCAGAGAGUCAGAAAUUGAAGAUCUCUUCUACAAGUAUGGUCGUAUAAUGGAUAUUGAAUUGAAGAUUCCUCCCCGCCCUCCAUGUUAUUGUUUUGUUGAGUUUGAUAAUGCUCGAGAUGCUGAAGAUGCAAUUCGAGGUAGAGAUGGAUACAACUUUGAUGGUUGUCGGUUACGGGUGGAACUUGCUCAUGGCGGUAGAGGACCAUCGUCAAGUGAUCGACGUGGAUAUGGAGGAAGUGGUGGGGCUGGGGCUGGGGCUGGGGCUGGUGGGGGUCGUUUUGGCAUCUCACGCCAUUCUGAAUUUCGAGUUAUUGUUCGGGGACUCCCAUCUUCUGCAUCCUGGCAAGAUUUGAAGGAUCAUAUGCGAAAAGCUGGUGAUGUUUGUUUUGCUGAGGUUUCUCGUGAUAGUGAAGGGACUUUUGGCAUUGUUGAUUACACUAAUUAUGACGACAUGAAGUAUGCUAUUCGCAAACUGGAUGACACCGAGUUUAGAAAUCCUUGGGCGCGAGCCUAUAUUCGGGUGAGAAAGUAUGAGAGUAGUCGUUCUAGGAGCCGCAGCAGAAGCCCCAGAAGCCCCAGCAGGAGUAGGAGUCCGAAAAGGGCCAGAAGUAGAUCCUUGGAGCGUUCUGUGUCUAGGUCACGAUCUAGAUCACGAUCAGCAUCACCAAUCAAAUCUUCAAGGCCAAGAUCACGCUCACGGUCUGGAUCUCCUCGCCAGGUGCUGUCAGGUAGUGGAUGAAUUUCUGAAAAGACGCCAGGUGGUUCUUUGGAGCUAUUGUCCCGAUCUAGGCAGUAUCACAAUUAUAUUUAAGUUGAACUGAAUUGUUCUAAGGGAAAACUUUUGAUGUACCUAGGCUGUUUCUUGGUAACUGUUUACCAGUUCAGUUGUGUUGUUUCAUUCAAACAAAAAUGUUCGAUAUUAGCCUAGCGGUUGCGGUUGUACCUUUUAAAGUUGCUUUGACACUUGCGAAGUAUAAUUUCAUUUUUAGAUCA